AUGCUCACCACCGAGACAGCCACCAUGAUGGCCAAAUAUGAUGACUGGGCUGACCAGGUCCUUUUUGAUGCUAUAUCCAAGCUGCCAGAAGACGCGGCAUACGCGCCGCGCAAGACACUUUUUGGAACAAUGCUUGCAACGCUCAACCACAACUUGCAGGUCGAUCUGAUCUGGCGCGCGCAUAUCCUUGGCGAAGAGCAUGGGUUCUCCACUCGCCGCGAUCUUCUGCACUCUUCCUUCAGCGACCUCGUGCAUGCGCAGUCGCAGAUGAAUCAGUGGCUUGUGGACUGGGCGAAAGACCAAACUCCGGAGAGUUUUAGCAAGCCGACCAAAUUCAAUUUCGUCUCGGGCAAGGCUGCGGAAAUGACUGUCGGGAGCAUGUUGUUGCAUAUUAUCAACCACAAGACAUACCAUCGUGGAUGGGUCAGCCAGAUGUUCUUUGACCACGACGUCAACCCUCCUGAAACCGAUCUUUGUGUCUUUCUUUGCGAGAAUUAA